AGAAGAAAAGGAAACGGUAGAGCAUGUCCAUAAAAUCCUCCCGAGUGUAUAUAUGUAUCAGUUAAGAUAGAAGGAGAAGUUGACAAAGAGCAGCAAGAAAACAGACGCUCUCCUCUCCAGCAAGUUCAUCACUAGUAGUUUUGUUGAGAUGUUAGGGUUGUUUUGGUUGGUUUUUCUGGCAGCUGCUGCUGCUUGUGGCUGCUGUCAUGGAAGAAAUGUAACGUAUGAUGGAAGAUCAUUGAUCAUCGAUGGCCAACAUAAAGUUCUCUUCUCUGGUUCAAUCCACUACCCUCGUAGCACUCCCGAGAUGUGGCCAUCACUUAUAGCCAAAGCAAAGCAAGGAGGGAUUGAUGUGAUUCAAACUUAUGUGUUUUGGAACCUCCAUGAGUCCCAACAAGGACAGUAUGAUUUUAGUGGAAGGCGUGACAUAGUAAGGUUCAUAAAGGACGUCCAAGCCCAUGGCCUGUAUGUUUGCCUCAGAAUUGGACCCUUCAUUCAGAGUGAAUGGACUUAUGGGGGUCUGCCCUUUUGGUUGCAUGAUGUCCCUGGGAUUGUUUUUCGAUCCGACAACGGACCCUUCAAGUAUCACAUGCAAAAGUGGGUGACAAAGGUGGUAAACAUGAUGAAAUCGGAGAGAUUAUAUGCUUCGCAAGGAGGGCCAAUCAUACUAUCACAGAUUGAGAACGAGUACCAAAGGAUAGAAUCAGCCUUCCCUGAUGAGAAAGGGUCGCGUUAUGUUCACUGGGCGGCAGGCAUGGCCGUGGGACUUAAAACCGGCGUGCCCUGGAUAAUGUGCAGCCAGCAAGAUGCCCCUGACCCUGUGAUCAAUGCAUGCAAUGGGUUUCAAUGUGGAGUAAAAUUCGAAGGACCCAACUCACCUAAUAAGCCUUCCAUGUGGACUGAAAACUGGACGAGUUUCUUGCAAAGGUAUGGUCAAGAGGUAUUCCUGAGAUCAGCCACAGAUAUUGCAUUUCAUGUUGCCUUGUUCAUUGCCAAGAAUGGAAGCUAUGUAAAUUACUAUAUGUACCAUGGAGGAACCAAUUUCGGAAGAACAGCUGCUGCAUACAUAAUUACAAGUUACUAUGAUCAAGCACCUCUUGAUGAAUAUGGUUUGAUUAGGCAACCUUUAUGGGGUCACCUUAAGGAGUUGCAUGCUGCAAUAAGGUUAUGCACAAAGCCUCUGCUUUCUGGAGCAUAUGAAACUUACUCUUCGGGUAAACUUCAAGAUGCUUAUGUCUUUAAAGGAAAGUCAUCAGGAGACUGUGCUGCAUUUCUGGUAAACAGUGACAACACCACCAAUGCUAGAGUCCGUUUCCAAAAUGUUUCAUUUGAAUUGCCUCCAAUGUCGAUAAGCAUUCUGCCAGACUGCAAGAACGUAGCCUUCAAUACUGCAAAAGUAAGCACACAGUACAAUACAAGAUCAAUGACAGUAAGACACAAGUUUGAUUCGACUGGAAGAUGGGAAGAGUACAAAGAGCCUAUCCCUACCUUUUCAAAGACUAAGUUAAGAGCCAAAAAUUUACUUGAUCAUAUGAGUACAACGAAAGAUACAUCUGAUCACCUUUGGUACACUCUCAGCUUUCAGCAUGACUCUGAUGCCCAAGCUGUACUUUCUGUGACAUCCGAUGCCCAUGUUUUACAUUCAUUUGUCAAUGGAGCGUACACAGGAUAUGCAUACGGUGGGAAGAAGAAUUUCGAACUGAAUAACACAGUUCACUUGAAUAAUGGAACAAACAAUAUCUCCUUAUUUAGCGUUAUGGUUGGAUUUCCGGAUUCAGGAGCAUAUCUUGAGCAUAAGACUGCGGGCAUACAAAGCGUGACGAUUCAGAACGAGGAUCUCAAUAACUAUCAAUGGGGAUAUCAGGUUGGGUUGUCAGGAGAAAGUUCACGAAUUUUUACAGAACAUGGAUCGAAUAAAGUUCAAUGGAAUAGGUUUCAUGGCAUACAUCAUCGACUGACAUGGUAUAAGACUCUAUUCGAUGCACCUGGAGGAAAUGAUCCGCUUGCACUGAACCUUGGUUCCAUGGGAAAGGGUGAAGUUUGGGUUAAUGGCCAGAGCAUUGGCCGAUAUUGGGUCUCACUUCACACACCUGAGCUUAGGCCUUCACAAACGUGGUACAACAUACCGCGACCCUUCCUGAAACCUACAGGAAACUUGUUAGUUCUACUAGAAGAAGAAUAUGGGGACCCUCUCCGGAUUACAUUGGGCAGUAUUUCAAUUUCAAAAGUAUGUGGACAUGUGUCUGAGUCGCAUUUGCCCCCAGUAAUGCAAAGCCAAAGUGGAGUGAACUAUAACAAGGAUCUUGCUCGAAGGCCUAAGGUUCAGCUCCAUUGUCCUCCAGAGAGAAAUAUUUCCAGGAUCCUGUUUGCAAGCUUUGGAACUCCAUCCGGUGAUUGCAAUAACUAUGCCAUUGGAAACUGUCAUCUAUCUAGUUCGAGAGCCAUUGUUGAAAAGGCUUGUCUGGGGAAGAAGAAAUGUUCCAUCCGCCUCCCGGAUCAAGCUUUUGGUCGUGACCCAUGUCCAGGCAUCCCUAAAACAUUAUUAAUCGAUGCACAAUGCACAUGAUAGGAACGAACAUACUAUAUACUAGUAACCUAUGUCUGUAAAUACAUAUAUCAAUGCUUUCAAGUGAUUCCACUCAGUAACCCCUGUUAAUAAUCCUUUUGUGAAAUUAAUGAUAAAUUAUGGAUAAUAAUGUAAAUUUAUACAAUUUUUCAAUAAAAAUGAAAGCAUACUUAUCUGAUUCUA